UGUGUGACAUCAUAAGACCUCCCUAGAACACUUUUUCUCCUCCACCUACUUCAACUGUUCCCAUAAACCUGGGAACAGAAAACUUCCCAGCUAAGAUCACAUAAGACUUCACACAACUUAAUACUCUGCAUUGUGAUGAUCACAGAAGCCAAGAGAAACAGAUUUAAAGAAACUACAACAUUCCCCAAACCAAGCAAUACCUGCCAAAAACUACAGUUCCUACAGCUCAAACAAGACAAAUGAGACUGUGCAGUAACAUAUGAGAUACAGAAGCAGAAGACCAUGGAGACAGGAGACAGUUGAUGUUAUAAAGCACAGAGAUAAGGAAGAUGAAUUAAGGCAAACUUGUGCAUACCUAUCCAGAGAACGUGUUUGGGUAUGAGCCUAAUCCAUUUACUGUUUUUACAUUCCAGGCCUCUUAAAGGAAGACAGCUCACACUUGCCUGCCUGCUACCAUCUUUUUAUCUCCCUCUUGACCACUCAAAACUUCAAUCUUCCUGCUAGUGCCUCCCUGACACCAUGGAAAAAGUCCAGUACCUCACUCGCUCUGCUAUCAGGAGAGCAUCAACUAUUGAAAUGCCUCAGCAAGCACGGCAAAAUCUCCAGAAUUUAUUUAUCAAUUUCUGUCUCAUCUUGAUCUGUCUCCUGCUGAUCUGCAUCAUUGUGAUGCUUCUGUGAAGUGCUGCUGCCACCUCCACAUCUGUAACAUGCCAGCUCAGCUUCAAACCCCGCACUCCAUCAAGAGGAGAAACAAUACAGCCUACUCCCUGCCCAGAAUGUCUUUGUGAAGGUCAAGAUUAAGAGUGAAACAAAUUGUUAGCCAAUGUAUUCAUCUAUUGGAUCUUGUAAACAAACUUUACAAUGACUAAGUGUGCAUAAUGUAGCUGCCAAUUUCCUCAAAAUGGCUCAUAAAUUUCUUUCCUAAUUACUUCUGACAA